CUUGCCCAGCUUCAUCCAAGAGUGAUUAUAUUUCGUUCGCAAACAAAAUGUCUCUACGAUAUCUAUCAGCAAAAGCUGCACAACAAAUUGACGAAGAGCUCAUGAGCACGGCGGGAGCAUUUAGCAUCGACCAGCUUAUGGAACUCGCUGGCUUAGCCUGCGCUCAAACCGUUGCUCGCGUUUUCGAUAAAGACAAAUAUCCUCGUGUGCUUGUAUGUUGCGGUCCUGGGAAUCAAGGCGGGGACGGUCUAGUCGCGGCGCGUCAUCUCGGUCUUUUUGGAUACCGGCCCAUAAUUUAUAUGCCAAAGCCCGGUGCUAAAGACCUAUACCAGCGACUGAAAAAACAAUGCGACAACAUGGAAAUCCCCACUAUUCCACCUUCGACUGAGCUCGGACCUUUAGAAGACGCGUUGGCUUCGUCCGACGUCGUCCUCGAUGCGAUCUUUGGAUUUUCGUUCAAACCUCCCAUCCGCGCGCCGUUUGAUAGUGCUUUACCGCUCCUUACAGAAUCUAAACUUCCCAUCGUCUCUGUGGACAUACCGUCUGGAUGGGACGUUGAGAAGGGUAACGCGGAGGGUGUAGGGUUGAACCCGGACGUUUUGCUCAGUCUUACUGCUCCGAAAGAGGGUGCGAGGUUAUUCCAAGGGAGGCAUUUUCUUGGUGGACGGUUUGUGCCAAAAACCCUUGAACAGAAAUUUGAACUACAUCUGCCGCCGUAUCCUGGAUCGGACCAGAUCGUUGAAUUGUCUGGUUCUUCGCAAAAGCUGUAGCCUCUUUUCUCAGGACGAUACUGCGCCAAUUUGGAUUUUUUUUUUGUGUCUAUAUAGCCUUAUAUUCAACCCGGAAAGCUCAAUGUCAAGUGUAUGUUUACAACUAACACGUUCAAUAUGCAACCGCCG